AUGAGUAAGCAUGCCACUGGGGACUACGCUCUAUCGUGUCCUUUCUGCGAGUUUCAAGACCAUGACCCCGAUUUCCUAAGCCAGCACGUGGCGUUCUGUCACCCCGAAGACCCCGUCCAGACAGCUGCGGAAGAGGAAGAAGAUGAGCCCACAGCUGCCGCCCCAGACGAUACUAGUCUCUACGUUUCCUGUCCCCACGGUUGCGGCGAGUCAGUGGCAAGAGCCGAGUUGCAGCUGCAUCUAGACCUGCAUGUGGCAGAAUCAGUAGCCCUCGAUGAAUCCGGGGGCCUUGAAGGAGGAUCUCUAGACCACACUCGAGCCACUGCUCAACCAAGUGGUUUCACCGACAGUCACGAUGAAGAUCCGCAUCUACACUAUGAGGAGGACCCAAUCGCACAUUCCCCUGAUAUCGUCCUGGAGGGAAAGACUACAGGUGGUCGUCGCCGGAAACAUAGGAAAGAAGGCACGAAAUCGGAAAAUAAGGGCCUUAGAAAACUAGGCCGUGCAGAACUAGGCCCCUAUGCCCAUGAGAAGCAGAUGCCUUCGUGGCUGCGCAAACUACUCCAGACAGGUUCCAUAGAAAAUACCCAAACGAAGAUUGGUCCAAAUGGCCUACUUGUUAAGGACAAUGUUGCCGAGAAUGAGACCUCGCAAGUCAUUCCAACGCUGAUUGAGCUGUGUCGACAUGAUACUGGUGUUCAGAGGGCUUUCUUCUGUAGCCCUCGAGUGCGUCAUAUCUUCAAGUUUAUGAGAGAAGGCGGGUUUUGCGGUUAUAGAAAUAUACAAAUGCUCAUCUCACACAUUAUAGACGCUCAACUACCCGGACACGAGCACUUUUCGGGUCGCAUUCCCUCAAUCCUGGAUCUUCAAAAUAUGAUCGAGCAGGCGUGGGAUAUGGGGAUCAAUAGUAGCGGACGAAUCGAAACUGGCGGUAUCAAGGGUACAAGGAAAUAUAUUGGUACUCCUGAGGCUCAAGCUCUCUUUCUAAGCCUUGGAAUCAAAUGCACUGCAGGUGCCUUUGCAUCUGAAAAUGGAUAUCGAGCCCACGACAUGCUCUUACAAGAUGUAGCGAGUUAUUUCCGCUCGGGCUGCCCGGCCUCGCUUCUAGAGAGUAACGAGAAGAUUUUGGAAACGGAUCUUCCGCCCAUAUAUCUGCAACACCAGGGCCAUUCGCUGACUAUUGUUGGCUUUGAAAUCAACAGUGCUGGGGAUGCUGAUCUCCUUGUCUUUGAUCCGAUGUUUAGGACGUCGCCAGCCAUCCAGCGACUGGUUGGUAAAUUCGUGAAGCCCUCUGAUCCAUCUCGCGUGCUGAAGGUCUGGAGGCGAGGGGCGCCUUAUUUGCAAAAGCACAAGGAAUUUGAGAUUUUGAAGCUGGUCUGA